AUGGAAAGUAAUUCAGUGGGCAGUUUAAUAGUAUCAAGUUUUAAAGUGAGCAAAGAUAGAAAUGGAGUCCUUGUUGAUGAGAUGUACUACAAGCAAUUAGUGGGGAGUUUAAUGUAUCUCAAUGCCACAAGACCUUACAUGAUGUUUUUUACUCAUCUCAUAAGCAGAUAUAUGGCAAAACCAAUGAAGAUUCAUCUACAGGCAGCUAAGAGAGCACUUCGAUACUUAAAAGGAACUGUGAACUAUGGAAUUCAUUAUAAGAAAAGAAGAGAUGGUGAGUUGUUGGCAUUUCCAGAUAGCGACUAUACCAGAGAUAUGGAGGAUAGGAAGAGUACAUCUGGGUACAUGUUUUUAAUGAGUUCAAAUGUUAUUUCAUGGUGUUCAAAAAAGCAGCCUAUUGUGACUUUAUCAACCAUAAAAGCUGAGUUUGUGGCAACUGUAGUCUGUGCUUGUCAAGGAGUCUAG